CUGGUUUGUUCUGAGGGUUAGGAUGAGCCUGUUUCUCUUUACAAAAGUCUGGCUGAAUAAUUCAUUGUUUUAUGCGUCAUUAAGAGGAUGAACCCCUCAAGCCGGGCAAUACUGGCACUGCAGGUUCACUCUGGAAAAAUUAUGAGUUUUGUACAUUGCUGAAAUUUGGCACUGCCAUAUUUACAAUUGUUAAAAUAGGGAAGCUGAAGAUUAAAACAUAAAGCAGGAACCUGGCUAUGUUUAACCGUCUGUUUUUGCAAUUUCAAAUUUCAAAUCCCCUCGUGCGACCGAUGCAUUUUGGCUGAGUGAGGAGGCAGUGCUGCUGGAGACCCACAGGAGAUGUGGAGGUUUGUCCUGACUGUGAGUCUGCUCUGCUGGAGGUCUGAGGGCACUGUGACCUGCAGAGACAACAACAAUGGGAUUGUGGACUGGUACAUCAUUUACAAGGCUCCCGCAAAGAAAUCGUCUCGAACUGGUUUGGAGUAUCUUUACAUUGACUCAACUGAAAUGACAAAGAUGGUACCCUCAAUGCCUAACUAUAAGAGCAUCAAAGAUCCGAACGGCAUCCUGGCAAACACCCUGCGGCCCCUCUUCACUCCAAUCAGGUCAAUGCCGCAGAACUUUGGGUUCAUCAGCUAUAGCGAUCAACCUCCAGGAUGUAAUGCUGACGCAGUGUUUGGCCACAGUAAAGGGGUUCUGAUGGUGGACAAAACCGGCACUGGAGUCUGGCUCUUGCACAGCACACCACAGUUCCCUUUCAGAAGAGAUCCCAAUCAUUUCUGGCCUGACAGUGGAGCGAGGAAUGCUCAGACGUUUAUUUGUGUAACAUUCAGCUAUGACAAGUUCAGCACCAUAGGUCAUCAUCUGCAGUACAUCAGAGCUUUCCCAUUUGAACAUGACAUUCCAGGAGACUUUCAUAAAGAACUUAGGGAUGCUGCUAACCGGGACAAACUUCCCCCACUAAAUAAAUUCCAGACGCUGAGAUCAUAUGGAGGUCAUGACUUUUAUAGCAUUGCUAAACAACGCAACAAACAGCCAGAAGUUGGAGAUCUUUACGUCACUAUUGCACAAGGAGUCAAAAGUGAUCUGCAUGUUCAGACCUGGGGCUGCCAGCGAAACUGUUCUAGCUCCUACUGUGUAACAGGAAUGCAUGAAGUGCUAAAAACUGAAACUGUAAGAACUGAUUUGGGUGACUGGAACUCCACACGUGAUCAUUCAAAGUGGUGUGUAGCUAAAGAUCAAAAUAAGCAUUGGACCUGUAUUGCUGAUGUAAACAGGGCGCCAACACAGUACUUAAGACGCGGGGGUGCACUGUGCAUUCAGAAUGAACGAAUACAAAAAAUAUUUCUGCGUUUUGCUGGGACCAGUGAGGACUGUCCAAAUCAGAACAGUAUGGACCUCACAAACUCUGACUGUGAGCCAGACCCUCUCACUCUUACUGACCAUGUAAUGGACUAAGUAAAGGUCCCCUGUCAAACACUGACUGCAAUGACAUGAAUGACUAUUACCAUUGUUACUUGGACAUCUCAAAUGAAAAUGUUGAAAAUACGACCAAGCCAGCUGCAAGUGAAGGCAGCACGUGUCUCAGCAUUUCAGAAUGAAAUGAACUUACCUUUAGCAGGAAGUAAAAUUUCACAGUAUAUCAUAAUAAAUAUUCACUGCAACAAAGCACAUCAAAUAAAUCUACAUUUUCAAACAGUGUGGUUAUCACACGUCAUAAAACAGGUGUAAGUGGGGACAUUUAGUACUCCUACACACCACCUGGAUAAAUACACCAGUGUUAUCAAAACUUAAAGUUCUUAAAUGAAAAUGCAAAUUGUGUGCUCGACAUUCAAUGUUGAAAAUACGACCAAAAUAGAAAACAAUAAGUACCUUACCUGACAAGUGAUCAGUAACAUAUCAAUAAUAUUCAUUAAUUAUUGUGAUAGUAAUUUGUUUUCUUGAAUGUCGUGGUUUUUUCCCCCCAAAAUAAUGGAUUUGUUAUUGUAAUAUUUUUUGAUAUCUUGUUUCUGUUUUGUCCAUGUGUUUUUGAAGCUUUUGGGAUCAUCUGCUUUAAUGUGAACUGCCAGUAUAUUUUCUUUUAUUGAUUUGUUUUGUUGAUUUUGUUUCUUCUUUAUAUUGAUUGGAUUUAUUAAAAUGUGUUUAUGUGCCACUUUGUUUUGU